ACGUCUCCGGAUCCGUUUGUCUGUUUGAGGCCCUUGACCGCCUGAGUCCGGACUCCGGAGACGCUCCUUUGAUGGCCUGAGAAUGGACGAAGGCCACCACCUCGUCUAGCUCACUCACCACCCGUUUCCUGGUAAAGCAACCCUCAGCCAUCAACAACCCACCCGUGCGAGCAGAGACCAGGUUCAGACGCCAAAUUGAAAUCAUGGCAACCAAGGCCGGCGAGCAAUUCAUGUUCAAUCUCUCUCAGUUUGACCCCUCGGCUCGCGACCUCAGAAACGGAGCCCACGAAUGGGUGCAGCCCUUACUACCGGCUAUCCUACUGGACCCAGCUACCGGUGGCGAGCGCAUUCAGGAUCAUCCGGGCAGUCAAUGGAUCCCCGACGGACCAUUACUUGACCGGCUCUUCGCCAGCGAGAAACUACAACUGACGAAACUCUUCGCCGGGCUGCGCACGUGGGAGGCCAAAGUCCUCAGCCAACCCGAGGCGUACACUCCUGCGGGGACGACAGACGGGAAUCAAGGGAUCGAGGCCUCGCCGCUAUUCUGGUUCGACCUGGACUCGAUCACGGUGAACGAAAACACGUGGCUCACGUGUCUGCGUCGCGACCGAUGGACCGAUUUCGAGAGGCCCAUUUCCGGCUGGCCGGGCAAGUUCUGGCGUGCCUCGGACGACCAAGUCUGGGCGCUGCUUCGUCCGGUGCUGGAGCUGGCAAAUCGGAUCAUCGUCGCUACGACCAGCCACUACUGGCUCGGCUCGCUGCUCCACCCCGACAGCAUCGAGUUUAUACGGGACAUCUUCCUUUGCAACGGGAAGAAAUAUGACAUGCAGCGAUUCAGGGUCAUGGCGCGUGAGAACAGGGUCACCGGGGCUGAGGGCAUGAGAACCAUCGACGCCGCGCUGCGUGAUCGCCUGUUGUGGGCUCUUCAUGACGAGCACCAUUCUAUUGCGGUUGGCAGGGCGGUGGCGUACUGCUUCCAUGUGGACGAGCACACGGCUUGGGCAAGUCUUGACGUGAGGCUGCUUCGCGAGAUCUUCGACAGGUCGAUGAAUGAGGGGCUGUCCCCGGAACGACGGCGGAUCAAGCGGGCUAUGGCGGCCUACCAUGCAGCAGUGGUGCUUGUCCACGAGUUCAUGCACGCUGUGACCACUCCUGUUGCUCGAGCGGCUCUUCUCAAGGGGCCGAUUCCCCCAGAAGUGACUGAGCGCUAUCGGCGUAAUAUGCGGGAACCUUUCUUCGAAAAGGAAUGGAUGUGUGAAGCUGGCGCCUCCUACUCCCACCACGUCUUCGGCACAUCUCCCGACUCGAGUCUUGAUCUCCACGACUGGCUGGUCAUCCUGACGGGCCAGCCCUUCCCGACCAACUACAUGAAUCAAAAUGGGCUCACGUACGGCAUAGAUGCGCCUCGUCUAUGGCCUAGAAAGAUCCGCGACUUCUGCCGUCCGCAACCGACUCUAUGGAGCAACGCACACCUCUCGGAAGCUUUUUGGACGUCUCGCGUCGGCAAAUACGGCGCAUCAGGUCUAAUGGUCCCAGGGCUCCUGGUCACGCAGGUGUUCCACUACUCGAUCCCAGGAGGGACAUCCUGGUACCAUGCUUUCGAUCCCGCCAGGCCCAUCGCCGCGACCCUGCAUAGCAAGGUCCCGCGCGAAAUCGAAGGGAGCUUCCAGAGACUGCUUACCAGCCUCGAGGCGCGGCGGCGACUCUGGUCGCAGUGGCGAUCCCCGUGGUACGACGAGGCCUACGCCAAGUGGAAGUUCAGCCCGCACAGCAUUGCGCCCUACCGCGAGAUGUUCCAGGACGGCGUGGCGGCUUUGUUUCAGGCCCGCGACCUCCGGGCCGCAUCCACGUUAUUCGGCAAGGCGCUGAGCUUCGUACGGCCUUAUCCUUACCCCGCGGCCAGCGAGGACGAAAACGCCUGGCCAUUGGCCUUUUGGCGGGUUCUCGGCUUCUUGAUUAUGGCGGCUAUCCCGCAUUAUACGCAUCCCAUGACGUUCCAGUACCCGACGCCCGGCUACCCGAACGUAUGGAAGUCCACCCACCCGGACAAGGAGGAACGAAGCUUCCAGACGGAACAGAUCGAGUACAGCCACGUCUUCUUUCAGAACAUUGUGAAACAGGAGAACCCGCCGGCGGUGUACGAGGUCGGCAUCACGCGGGAGGAGUGUUUCGCGCAGGCGGCGAGGCAGGCGGAGUGGUACGCAGCGAGCUGUCCGGUGCCCUUGCCCCGAUCCUGUGAACUGGCCAUCGGGGCGCUGUGGACGAGGCUGCGGGCGCAGGCCGCGCAAAAGCCCGACGGUGAGUGGUUGGACUUUGAGUUCCAGCUGCCUCCGUUCGAUCCCUGCGAGAUCCAGGACGGGGUCGCCGAGGCGAAGCUGCAUUGGCGCGGCGUGCACGGGACGCCGCCUGCGUCUCCCCUGGACGUCAACAUGCGGGAAGCGCCGGCGCUGUCUGCUCUCGCUGCCGUCGUGGUUUCGGAGUCCCUUGAGGAACCGCGACGGCGGAUGGGGACGCGGUACUUUACGUGGGGGGAGGUGGGUGACCACCAGCCUGGCAAGGAGAGCGGUGACUGGUGGGUUGUGAAGGAGAAUGGGGACGACGAGUUUGACGUUUAUGAUGUCUCGGAUGUUGUUCGGGAGUUGCAUCUGUCUGACGCGACUGUGAAGCGGAGUGUUGCGAGGAGGACGGGUCGCCCGCAUAUGUCACUGCGAUUGCUUUCUGAGGAUACAGAGCUGUCGACCGUUUCGAAGGAGCUGGCUGGGAUGAUCCGAGGACUUCGGCCCAUUGGCCGUACGUUGAAGUACGCGCGUCGCGAGGAUGUGACCUUGCGUGAUGGUCUGGAUGGUCGGCCGGCAUGGACAAUUAUCGGAGGGGACGUCUUUGAUAUCACAGAUUUCGACUUCUUUGAGGGGGAACAAAAGUUGAGAGAACUCCUUCUGAAGCACGCAGGGGGAACAGCUGUCCUAGCCCUCCAAGCAGAAGGACAUGAGUGCGUUGAAGUGGCAGAGUUGCUGGCGCCCUGCAGGAAUAGGGUGCUACAGCCGGUCGUGCCAUCACACAGUGUCGUCAACGACGUCUUCACGGCGGAAGAGGUGGCAGCAAUGGGGUUGGAUGAGACGGCUCUCUACAUUAUCAUCCACGAUGGAGUGUAUUCCCUAAGAGACUAUGUGGACUUCCAUCCUGGUGGCGCCAACAUUCUCCGAGAGGUUGCGUUCCGAGAUGCUACGGAGAAAUUCAUGCAAUACCACGGACACGAAGAAGAUGAGGUGCUGAAACAAAUUAGGCACUUCCGGGUUGGACGCAUCGUGAAGAGCUGGACGGCAGAGUCCCUGACUUCUACGGAGAUUCUCAUUAUGCAAAACGUGUACGAUAUCGGACGGCUCAGUGGUGACGAAUUGGAGCAGAAGCUCCGGGAUAAUCUCGAAGCUUACGCGGGAUCUGACGCUACCGAGGAGCUCCGAAAGCGACGGCGCGAUGCAAGUGCAAGGUUGGAUUUGGAUACUGGCCAUCCCCUAUUCCAGCUCAGUCGACGGAAAGAUCUCGUCGUUGGUCGGGUUCUUGAGGAACGAAAUGAAACUCCAACCGACCCGAUAGUAGCAUCCGUGUGCAACACGCCCACGCUUCCCGCUCUUUUUACGCAGCCACUGUCACAAAUGGACCGGGGAAGGCAGGAAUGGGAUCACGACGUGCCGAUCUCGGACGAUCUAGAGGACGCUCGUGACGCCACUAUUGGCCCCGUGGAGAAGCUGAACACCACAAUCACGAAACAAGACGUGCAAAGCCUCCUUCUUAGAGGGGAACUGGAGAGCAAGCGGGCAUUGGAAAAGGUGGUGCUCGGAGGAACUGAUGUGGUCGAAUCGGAUUCUUGGGACGAAGCGAGGAGGAGGGAAAGAAAACGAGCGGGCAGCGAGCUUGAUCUGAUAGACGAGAUGGAGGUCCGGAGAGCUCGUAGGAGGAGAGGCAUAGAGGAAGGGUUGAAUCGACUUGGGGAGGUGAAGCCGGGGUUCUUUGGCAAUGUUUUUGCGCCAUCGUGUAAGUGACCGAAGUUGGAACAGGGUCGGAAUCCGGGAUAGGCAGCCAGGCUGGUCAUCAGCCCGGAAUUCAGCAUUUGGAGCAUUGGCGUUUUACUACUAUAGAGUCAUUGAGUAUGUCGUAAGGGUGUAUAUGGAUAUGUAGGUAGAUGGAAGCUGUCCAGACCCAGUUGAUUAUGAAGUUAGAAGUUGGGGGACGGGAGUGCCUUCAGGGGGCUCGGGGUCUCGGGGGUUCA